AUGGUCCACAUAUCUCAAAGAGCUCUGUCGAACCUCGUACCCAGCAAACUCCACGAAAUUCGGUCCCAUUGUUUCCACAAUCAAUAUGACAGGGACCUCAACCCAGAAGGCAUCGUGGCCUUGGCCGUGGCCGAGAACAAGUUGAUGCGUGACGAAAUCGUCCAGCAUAUCAACAUGCACAUGAACAUCAAGCCGGUCCAUCUAACGUACGGUGAAGGACCGGCGGGCUCCUCAGCCCUGCGCAGCGCGGUAGCCUCGUUCGUGACCGAAGUCUUCCGUCCCUCCAUGGAGAUUACAGAGAAGCACAUCUGCAUCUGCAACGGAGCAGGCAGUGCGGUGGACGAUCUGGCCUUCUGCAUCGGGGAACCCGGGGAAGGGAUCUUGGUCGGUCGACCGCUAUACGUCGGGUUCUUCCCAGACAUUGAGGCUCGGGCAAAGGUGAAAUCCGUACUAGUCGACUUUGGCGCAGGCGUGAAUCCAACGUCCGCCGCAGCCGUCACAGCGUAUGAAGACGCCUACCACCGUUCAAACUCGGCAGGGGUGCCCAUCCGUGCCAUUCUCAUCUCAAGCCCACACAAUCCACUCGGUCGACCCUACGAGACCGAGUUCCUCGCGGGCAUUCUCCGCUUGUGUUCGAAGUACAGCAUCCACCUGAUUUCGGACGAGGUAUAUGCGCGUUCGCACUUCCCCAGUACCGACAUCCCGCACCCGCCGCCGUUUGUGUCAGUCCUUUCGUUCCCACUGCAUGAAUAUAUUGACUCGGAACUCGUGCAUGUGAUAUAUGCUAUGAGCAAGGACUUUUGCGCCAACGGGGUGCGAAUCGGCGCCGUGAUCUCUCCUGGCGCUGCCAAUCAGCUUACAGGAAGAGGAAACGGUAAAGGAGGCAGUGCUGUUGGAGGAAGCGCUCUCCUCAAGUCCUUCCGCGCCAUCGCCAGCUUCACCCGCGCCUCUCAACUCGCCGAACACGCCUGGCUCAAUCUCCUCACCGACCGACCCUUUCUGGACUGGUACUUCCCUCUAUUCCAGACCCGGAUGACCGAUGCCUAUGAAUACACUGUGUCGAGACUUCGGGAGAAUCAUAUCCCUUACAACUCGGCCAGUGUCACCAGCUUUAUCUGGAUCGACCUAUCACAUUACUUGCGCGAAGAUAGUCAGGACGCUGAGCUCGAGUUGAAUUGGCGCAUGGCUCGUGGCGGGGUCUGGUUGGCCAUGGGUGCUAGUUUCGGGAGUGAGCGAAAUGGCAAUUUCAGAUUGACUUUUGCUACGCCGAGAGAGGAAUUGACGUUGGGAUUGGAUAGGUGA